UCAAAUUUUAGCGGUAGCGUUAGUGUGUGUUGUUCGGCUUGGGGUGGAGGUAGACACAACCCUUCAAACACUCAUUUCCUUCGGUUGGUUUUGUGCACAGGAAAAAAUAUAGGUGUCGUGAACACCUAACAUAAAAUAAUGGGCAGCCGAAGAAGUGAAGCCAUGGCCUCUUCACUUGUGACUGGGAUAAACCAUGCUAUGGCGAGGCUGGUGGACAUAUGGGACAGUAUCGGCAUCAUGGAGGAUCAGAGGAUUGAACGAAUGCAGACCGUAAAGAAAUACAUUGAGGACCUUUUGACAGACAUGAUCACCGAAGAGGAAUCCCUGAGGCAUCGUAUCAAAACCAGUAUCAUCACUACUCAGAAGCAGUUGGAGACACUGUGUCUUGAGUUGUCUGUGGAACCAUAUAAAGUAGAGGAAGACCUGACAGUCCUGCAGAUGGAGAAGAACCUCCGCUGUCGUUUGGAGGUGCUCCUCAAGGAGAAGAAUGAGCGGAUGAAGGAGCUGAAUGGCUUGAGGCAGCAGGAUGAGGAGCUAUGUGUGACACUAUGUGCUACACCGUACUACAUUCCCAGUGGCAGCAUGCCCUCGCGCACACAGCUCCAAGAGCUCAAAGAGCAUAUAAAGAAACUGACCGAAGAGAAGGAGAGCAGGGUGAAGGUGUUCUCUGGGCUCAGGGAGGACAUCAGGAGCCUGAUGGAUGAGAUGGGCCAUGAGCCUGAAACCAGCUUGGAGAGAGAGUCUGUGUGCUCUGAUACGGACAUCUUCCUACUUACACACGAGAACAUCAAAGCUCUGAAGCUGCUGCUCAGUCAGCUAGAAAUGAAGAAGGAAUCCCUUAUUUUAACUCGGGACAAGCUCAAAGAUCGAGCCAUGAGCCUGUGGAAUCGCCUGAGUUGUCCAGAACAGGAAGCUGCAGAAUUCAAACAGGAAGCACUGAAUACACUUUCUGAUGAAAUUAGAAGGUGGCAGAACGUUGUGGAUCGUCUGGAGGUCCUCCAGAGGGCCAAGUUGGAAGAGGUGAUAGACAAAGUACGACAGGAGCUUGUGAUCCUCUGGGACAAAUGUAUGUUUGGACCAGAGCAAAGAGAAGCUUUCGGUGCCCACUUCUGUGAUAAUAAUUAUACUGAGGAGCUGCUCUCUCUGCAUGACCGUGAGCUGCUGAAGGUGAAGGAGUUUUAUGAGACAGCACGUCCAUUACUGGAAAGCAUUGAAAAAUGGGAAAAACACUGGGCUCUCUUCCAGGACUUUGAGAGGAAGGCUGCAGAUCCGAACCGUUUCUCCAACAGAGGAGGUGCUUUAUUGAAGGAAAGCAAGGACAGGGCCAAAGUGCAGAAAUUGCUUCCCAAGCUUGAAGAGGAGCUGAAAGCACGUGUAGAGGCUUGGGAGAAGAAUCAAGGCUCCUCCUUUCUAAUGAAAGGACAGAGGAUCAUGGAGUACAUUUCCAAGCAAUGGGAAGAACAUCGCGUACAGAAAGACAAGGAGAAGAACGAACGCAUGUCCAAGAAAGCAGACACCUCUCAGUUUAAAACCCCCAUUAAGAGGCCCCAUGGACAAGCGAAUAGUGGUGUGACCCCCAGCAAGAUAAGGAAGACGCCUAAUCAGGCUGCACUCCGCACCACUACAAUGAGCAGCAGCACCAGCAGUGUGUCCAGCACCUUCCUGUGUGUGCCCGGCAAGCCUCCACUCUCAGCCAAGAGGACUAAGACUUUUGAGACUUGUCCAGGCCCCCGAACACCACUGCAGGAGUUCAACACGGAUAAAAAGCCCGUCCCCAUCAGCUACUCAGAUUUUACAAAUGAGCUCUCCAGAAAGGCCAGUCACGAUGCUGUUCUGAACUCCACUGUUAAAGACAUGCUGUGAUUUGUCUUCAAACUGUGGAUAAUUUUGUCCCCCCCCUCCCCCCCCCGCCCCCAUGUCACGGGUCAUACAUAGGUCAAUAUCAUGUGCAGCUACAGAUGGAGUGGCAUUGAAUAUUUCAGGGUGAUUUUAUGUACUUUUGGUGCAAUGUUAUUUUAAAGAGCUUAAGCAUUUGUUGUAUAUGCAGUUUUAUCUAUACUUUUUUUAUCUGGUUUGUACAAUACUAUUCUUUUGUAGGGGCAUGCAAAUAUGAUACAUUUCAAAUAUUUUGUGCUAAACAAUUUUGAAGCUGUAUCUUUUCUGUUGAAAGCCAAAUAAAUAUCUGAAAUUCUAA